GUACUGCUCGCGUCUCUCCCUACUCUGCUUGUGAGUCGUGUGUGACCCGUGACCGGGAGCAAGCAAGUGCUCUGCGCGCGCUGAGCAAGGUAGGAGGAGGAGGAAGGCGGCGACCAUGGCGUGGCGCGGCCGGCUCGGAGAGGCCGGGGACAGUGGCCUCGAGCUCCGCCUUGGCCUCCCGGCCUACUUCGCCGCCAAGUCCUCAGGUUUGGACGCCGGCGAUGCGCCCGGCGACGCUGCUGCUUUUGCUCUCCAAGCCGGCAAAGGGAACGAUGCUUCCAAUUCCAAAGCGAGGGCCAGGCCAGCAGCUGCAGCUCCGGUGGUGGGGUGGCCGCCGGUCCGGUCGUUCAGGAGGAACCUGGGGUCCUCCAGGCAGUCACCCCAGUCGUCGUCCGCUCAUCAUCAGGACGGCGGGGUCAAGGGCGGCGACGAUGGGGCCGGGGGCGCACACAAGGGCGGCCUGUUCGUGAAGAUCAACAUGGACGGCGUGCCGAUCGGGCGGAAGGUGGACCUCAGGGCGUACGGUGGCUACGCCGAGCUCUCCGCUGCCGUCGGCAAGCUCUUCCGCGGCCUGCUCGCCGCUCAGAGGGACCCGGCCGCCGCCGCGGUGGGCAGGCGCUGCGGCGAGAAGGCGGAGGAGGCCGAGGAGCCCACGAUCGGCGGCGAGUACACGCUGGUGUACGAGGACGAGGAGGGCGACCGGGUGCUGGUCGGCGACGUCCCCUGGGAGAUGUUCGUGGCCACCGCGAAGAGGCUGCGUGUGCUCAGGAGCUCCGACCUGCCGGCCUCGUCGCUGAGAGCAGGCGGGGGCAGGAAGAGGGUUGCAGCCGACUGCUGAACCAUCCAUGCUCUGUUCUGCUCCAUGGAUCACCAGCUUGUAGAAAAGGUCCCAAGUGGAGAACUGGCGUAGCCUGGCCUUGGCCCCUUUUUGAUGUCUUUUCUGUGUUGCUGCUAAUAGUAGUAUAUGGGAGGGAACAAGCCAUGACGGUAUUAGGGUCAUGGAAUGCAGUAGUAUUAGGUGUUCAUGAUGAAUCUAUCGUCUUUCUUGCCUGCUUUGGUAAAAAAAAUGCGAAACUGUGUGCGUCAAUCUAAUCUUAAGUGUGUUCUCGUUAUUGAUAAGACAGUGGAGUUAGUUCUGAA